AUGGCUGCCACCAUCAGAACUUUGGGUAGUUUAUGGAAGAAUUUUCGUAAUUUGUAUAUUGGUACCGUUUUACCUUCACAAACUCCAGUUCUUGGGAGCUGUUCCAGAUUUACUCUUCAGUGUCGGUUCCGUUCUCGAGGAUGGCAACUAGGCAAGAUAAAACCAUUGAUAAACAAAGGAACACCCACAAUUUUGAAUGAAGUUGAGAAUGAAAAGCUAAUAGCUCAAGUGUCGGAGGAAAUGAUAAAAGGAGAUAUUGGCCGGCUUUUUGCUGUGGUACAUAUCAGAGGUUUGCAGAGAAAAGUCACAACAGAGGAUUUAGUCAUUGUGCAUGGGUCUUUUCCUCCAAACAUAGGUGAAAGAAUACGAUUAGAAAAGGUUCUUUUAGUUGGUAGUAAAGAUUUCACAUUAAUUGGAAAACCACUUUUAAGUCGAACAUUAGUCAAUGUCGAAGCAACAGUGAUAGAGAAAACAUUAACCCACUCAAAGCCAUAUCUGACUUACAGACCUCGUAAAAACGACAGGAAAUUCAAAUUAUUUAAGGGAGAACAAACUAUCAUUGUAAUAAAUAAAAUUGCAGUGAAUCCAAAUGAACAUGUUUUAAAAAUGAAGCGUUCGAUUAUAACUUCCCAAGAACAAAAAAACUGUGAAGAAUGGUUGUCCACCAGAAACAGGAAAAAAAUUUGCCCUUCUGUUGCAAGCAAAACUUUGAUUUCACAUAAACUUGCAUCUUUCCCAUUCACUUCAAAGUAUAAGUUGACACAGAAUUCAUCACCUUCAAAACAGCUGAUUAUACCUCAGCAUCAGAUGAGCAUUCUCAAUUUUGUUAAGAAGGAUAAAAUAUCUCAGCAUCAAGAUAAACAAAAUUUCCUCUCUUCAAUAUUGUAUACUCGGUUUUAUCCUGGCUUACCUCCAGGUUUCUAG